GAGAGAGAGAAAAAAUUCCUAUUUAAUACCUUGCUGAUUGCCCACCAGUGGUAGAAAAUGCUUCGUCUUCAAACAUCGUUGAUAAAAAUGAUGAAAAAAUCAACACCUAUGAUUCAACAAUUCGCCAAUUCAAACGACGUUUCCAAAUGUCAAAUGGUGAAAAUGACUAUUAAUAAUGAAGGAAAAAUACGUAAUCGAGAUAUAUUACGGGAACCAGAAAUUAAUAAAGGUUUAGCAUUCGAUGAACAAGAAAGAAGUGUAUAUAAACUCGAUGGUCUUUUACCGCCAGUGAUUCGUACUCAAGACUUACAAGUGAAAAUUGUAAUGGAACAUUUAAGACAGAUCAAGGAUGAUCUGCAUAAAUAUCUAUUCAUGAGAGAUUUGCAAGACCAAAAUAAACGUCUAUUUUAUCGUCUAUUACAACUGUAUACGAAUGAAUUGAUGCCAAUCGUUUAUACACCUCUUGUUGGUAAGGCAUGUGAAAAAUACAGUCUCAUUUACAAUCGUCCAAGAGGUAUGUUUCUUAAUAUUGAACAUCAUAUGGGUCGUAUCCGCCAAAUAUUGGACAAUUGGGAUGAACCGGAUAUUAAAGCUAUGGUCAUAACCGAUGGCGAACGUAUACUUGGUCUUGGUGAUCUUGGUGCCAAUGGUAUGGGCAUACCAAUCGGAAAGAUGGCGCUAUAUUCAGCUAUCGGUGGCAUACCACCAGAAUUAACAUUACCAAUUUGUUUGGAUGUUGGUACCAAUAAUCAUUUAUUAUUGAAUGAUCCAUAUUACAUUGGCUUGCGAAAGAAACGUGAAUCUGGUAGAAAAUAUGACGAAUUUCUAGAUGAAUUCAUGAUGGCUGUCAACGAUAAAUGGGGCCGAUCCUGUUUGAUACAGUUUGAAGAUUUUGGCAAUCGUAAUGCAUUUCGUUUAUUAGAGAAAUAUAAAGGAAAAUAUUGCAUGUUCAAUGAUGAUAUACAAGGCACGGCAUCGGUGGUUGUGGCAGGUCUUUUGGCAGCAUUCCGUCACAUCGAUACACGGAUCGAUGAACAUAGAUUUUUAUUUUUUGGUGCAGGCGGUGCUGCAUUAGGCAUUGCAAAUCUAUUAAUUAUGACCAUGUUGAAACAUGGGAUUGAUCUUGAAAUGGCUGACAAUAAAAUUUGGUUAAUCGAUUCGAAUGGAUUGAUAACGAUCGACAGAAUUGACAAUGGCGAUGAUUAUAAGAAAAUGUUUGCCAAAAACGUGCCAAAUACAAAUGAUUUACUAGAAAUUAUUGAAAUUUCUCGACCAACCUGUCUGAUUGGUGUGGCCGCUGUGAAAGGUGCAUUCACUGAACCAGUAUUGAAACGAAUGGCCCAAUUGAAUGAACGACCAAUCAUUUUUGCUUUAUCGAAUCCAACUUCAAAAUCUGAAUGUACAGCAUGGGAAGCUAUUCAUUACACGAAUGGCCGUUCUAUAUUUGCCAGUGGAUCACCAUUCGAUUCAGUACAAUUCAAUGGGAAAACAAUCAUCACAGGACAAGGAAAUAAUGUCUACAUAUUUCCAGCCAUUGCAUUGGCCGUCAUGGCAUGUCAAGUGGAUAAAGUUGUGGAUGAAAUAUUUCUCGUUGCAGCUGAAGCUUUAGCUGAAUUAGUUUCAGAGAAAACAUUAGCAAACGGAAGUGUCUAUCCGCCAUUAGAGGAGAUCAAUCAAGUUUCAUUGCGAAUAGCUACCAGAAUUACUGAAUGGCUAUUCCAACAUGGUCAUGCACACUACACACCUGAACCAAUUGAUAAAUGUCAAUUUCUUCGACAAAGACUUUAUCACCCAUCAUAUGACGAAAUGAAUUUUGAUGAAAAAGUUCAACAAAAUCAUUUAGCAUGGCAUCAUAUAACACCAUAACCAACGACUAAUCAAUCAAAAAGUGAGAAAAUUUUCUUUUUUUGUUUCAAAUAUAAUUAUCGAUUACCAUGUAAUGACAACUUACACUGUCAGAAAAAAAAGAAACAAAACAAAUUUAGAAAUCGCAA